AUAAUUAUUCAGUCUGGAGACUUCUGGGUUUGCAGCAGCACCUCCAUCGGAAGCGUACGUCAGGUCAACCAAGAGACCAGAGCAUUUCGCUGCACACCGACAUGGUUGAGACAGCCGAAAAAGCGGAGGAAACUGAACCCUUCAGGCAGAAAGAAGAGGUAGAGUAUCAUCCAGCGAAUUCGAAAGCGGAACAAGAACCUCUCGAGGAUCAACGGCUUCGAAUCCGAGUCGUAAUCCUGGUGGCUGCUGUUUUGGUUCUCAUCGGAGCCGCCUUUACCGUUGGAUACGUUGUUCGACGUUGUGGCAGACGGCCUCAUCCGAUUGAUAUCGACGAACUCGCUCGAGACGCCAUUGAAAAUAUUUCUACAUCGAACAUUCAGGAUCAACUGAGGUAUUUUACUAGAACUCCUCAUUUGGGCGGGUCGAAAGAGAGCAAAGAGCAAGCUGAAUACAUACAAAAGGAGUGGCAGAAUUACGGACUGGAUAGAGUAGAAUUAAAGAAGUACGAUGUGGUUUUUUCUUUGCCACAAAAGCCUGGUUUAGCGCGAAUUGUGAACGUCAAUGGAACUGAAAUUUUUCAAGCAAGUCAGAAAGAGACGCUGUUAGAUGGCGAGAAGGAUGRUAGGAUUCUUUCACCGUUUAAUGCUUUUUCUGGCUCCGACAACGUGACGGCUCCCUUGGCGUUCGUUAACUAUGCUCGUCUCGAGGAUUUUCAAAAGUUAAAAGAACUUGGARUCAGUGUUGCUGGUCACAUCGUGAUUGCUAAAUAUGGCAAGAUCUUCCGUGGUGAUAAGGAGAAGCUUGCACGCGAAGCGGGCGCGGUUGGACUGAUACUCUACACUGAUCCUAAGGACUACAGCCCAGGAGUAUCACGCAACCACACCUACCCUAAAACCUGGUGGCUCCCCUCAUCAGGGGUCCAGAGCGGCACUCUGUUUGUGGGAGAUGGGGACCUCGAGACUCCAGGAUAUCCCUCCAUUGAUGGUAUGUAUCGAAGUCCUAUCAACGAGUCCCAGCUGCCAAAGCUUCCAGUUUACCCUGUGUCCAGCGAUGAUGCUAAGCACUUCUUAGGGUUGCUAACAAAAAAUAAGGCACCAGCGGACUGGCAAGGGGGACUACCGACGACCUAUAACAUCAAUAUGGCAUCAUCUAAUAACACGAAAGUGAAAUUAGACGUUCACAUGGAAUACGUCACCAAAUCAGUGUAUAACGUGAUGGGGRUCCUUAAAGGGGAAAACGAACCAGACCGCAUGGUCCUUUUUGGUAACCAUAGAGACGCAACAGCAUUUGGCGCCACCAAUCCUUCAAGUGGUACAGCGGUCUUGAUGGAGACAGUGAGAGUGAUUGGAAGACUCCAUAAAAAGAAAAAGUGGCGUCCAAGACGAACUAUGGUGUUUAUUAGUUGGGGAGGCGAAGAACCUGGGGCAAUUGGAUCAACUGAAUGGGUCGAGGAUUUCACAAAUCUGAUCAAAAACCGCGCUGUUGCCUACUUGAACGUGGAUGCUGCAGUGGAAGGUAACUAUACUUUCAGAACGGCAUCAAGUCCUCUUAUUGACUACGUAAUGUUCGAGGCAGCCAAAAAUGUAUUCACUCCAAACGGGUCUAUCCUGGACUAUGUCUACCAUGACUGGAAAGUGAAACGUCCAGACAAGAAUAAUCCUUCCAUACCACAUACUAGCAAGCUUACUUCCAGCAGUAAUUAUAAAGAUUUCUAUGAACGUCUUGGAAUACCCUCAGUUGACUUCGGAUACACAUGGAAUAAGGCAAAGAUGAACAUCAGUACCUACCCAGUUUACCACACAGUCUACGAUACUUUCCACUACAUGGCCAAUUUCGUGGACCGUGGAUUUCACUACCACCGCACAGUAGCGCAGGUCUGGGUUCGUCUUGGCUUGUUCCUGAGCGAAUCACUCAUCGUUCCAUUCAACUGCUCGAGAUACGCCGAAAGAAUUGCAAGUCACGUGAAGGAUUUGAAAAAAGUGCACGGUGCAAAGCUUGUAAACCAUCUAAAGCUUGACCAAUUGGACAAUGCCGUCAAGAACCUCACAGCUGCUGCAAAAGAGUUCCAUAGAUUCUCGUCAUCUCUCAACUAUCAGAACGCAUUGCCUGUUACUAUUCGAAUGGCUAAUGAUCGCUUGGUGCACUUUGAGAAGUCUUUCAUCAACCCGCAAGGAAUACCAAGAAAACCAUUCAGGCGUCACAUGAUCUACGCGACGAAUGCCGUUGAUAAAUAUUCAGGGCUAAGUUUCCCGGGUCUUGUAGACAGCAUCUACGAGGCCAAGACAGUAAAAGACUGGCACGAGGUCAAUAAGCAGUUGUCAUUACUGGUGUAUUAUAUCCGGUCUGCUACCCAGAUUCUCACUACUCAAGACAUUUAGUAUCGAAAUGAAAUACUUCAAUUAUUUAUUACAAUGCGGCGUCUUUUCGUUCUACGAUUCUGUGUGAUAAGGCGUGGAAACACGUGCUUAGUCCCAUAAUGCAUUUUGUUUUGAAUUUCCAAUUCAACAUUAUUCAGGCGCUGAAAGAAAUCAGUGACGAAGUAGGACUCGAUCACUAUACCAUUCACGUGUGUCUUGAUGCCCAGUYUCCAUCAAUCUGUUUCAGUGGCCUGGCAUUCUAGUUUGUUCAAGCUUUGCAAAUGGUUCUGCGAAGCCUUUAACGGUUGUUUUAUUGAAAGCGUUUUUAAAAAGAAUUCUUUUAAUCUUUCGAAGAACAUUUUAAAUUUAUGUCGCAAUCCCUAAUAUAUUCCUACCGUCAAAAAUAACCCCUGCUGUUUAGAUAACGUUAAACAUUUCUUAGUGUACAAUUACAACAGCCUGAAGUAACCAGAAUAAUGACAAAUAAUUUCAGCUAUGAUGUAAUAAACGCACCAAUCAUAAGAAUAAUUAGUACGCAUGCGCAAAUAGUUUCAAUGUAUUAUGUGAUGACGUCACGAAGUCAUCACCAUGCCUACGUCAUCAUAUAAUUGUGGCUGACACAAUUUUAGGUCUGAAAUGAAUACAAACAUCUGUAUCUAUAUUGCAACGUACAUUGUAAACUAAUGCUUCCAUCAUUAAACAAAAUAAAACACUUUUUAGUGUCAA